AUAAGGAUACAUUCUUAUCAUGAUUUCAUCAUUAUAUAUAAGUUCCGUUUUCUUAUUUAAUUAGUAUUUUAAAAGAUUCAAUCUUUGACCGGCCAAGAAGUGGUGGUUGGGUUUUGUAUUCACAACUAUGCAUCUGGGUCUUGUUACAGUGCCUUCGCUUCUAGGCUUCUGAUUCUUGCUUUUCCAAAUUCUAGGACCUAUAAAUGAACUGUAUUCUGCAUUAUUGUGAACCAUCAAGAAUCCGAAAUGUAGUUCAAAAAUGAGAAAGGACCUUGCUCAACUGGGGUUCUUCUUUUUCUCUCUCUCCCUAUGGAGACUCUUUAUAGAAAUGGCCAUGGCGCAGAACACAACAAUCCCAGUUAAUGUGGGACUGGUCCUUGACUUUGAUACAUCGCUAGGAAAGAUGGGUCUGAUCUGCAUCCCCAUGGUCCUCGCAGAUUUCUAUGCCUCUCAUGGUAACUACAAGACUAGUCACGUUCUGAAGACUAGAGACUCCAGAAGAGAUGUUGUUGGUGCAGCUGCAGCAGUUGAAUCAUGGUGUUGACCGCAUCCCUCAAAAUGUUGAAGACUGAACUAAGGGCUAUGAGGUACCAUGUCAUGGAUGUGAAGACAAUGUAGGAGGUGUUGAUCUUUGCAAGACCUCUAG